GGUAAAUGUAUUGGAACCCGUUAGUUUGGGUCUAUUUGAGCUUUCUACGGGCGUUUUAUUAUUAUUAUUACUACCGAAUUCUCGAGUUUCUCCGAAGGUAUUAUAUUUGGAGGGAUUUGGACUGGGUGGGGUUGAUCUAUCUCGCGGGUAUCAUAACGUCUCUUCUCUCACGAACCCGAACCCGAUUCCAACGCACCCUCAACGCAUCAACCACCACGGUUUCCCACGAUUCCACCAUCUCCAUCAAUCACCUCGCUGCCAAAGUCAAACAUCGAAUCGUUCAGACCCUUUGCAGGCCCCUCGCCAUGCUCGAAAGAAUCUUUGGAAGGAAAUGGCCCGCGCCGAUCGGUAUGCUUCCGCCAUCUUUUCCCCUUCGGUCUGUAUCUCCCCACUGACGCCGGAUGUGAUGAUUAGCUAAGCCGAUGGCACCUUUCUAUGUUGCCGGUACAUAAACUUCUCUAAUCGGGAGAGUCCAAAUCCAGAAUUUCUGGCUAACCUGUGCAGGUGUGAUCGUUUUCUACGGAGUUAACAGUCUUUCCAAUUUCCUCGCCAACAGUAUGUUUUUUUAAUUUUUUUCUUCCUCUCCGAUCUAUCCCUCUGCCCCGUAUUUUUCUUUUUUAUAUGUGGAAAUUACUGUGCUUGGAGGAUUCUGGGAGGGGUUUGUGAAGGUAUGCGUCGUACCAUGACUUACAAAGCGCAGCCGAUGAGUUUAGAAAUGACCCUCGCAAUCCUAACGCCAGAACCAACCCCCCCGGAAAUGCUGGACAUCAUUAGAACCUUUCCGCUAUUUCCUCUAGAAAAGCAUAGAUGUACCGAGCGGUGGAAAGCGGAUGUGACGGGCUGGAUAGGGGAUGGAUGGGAUGGGGUUCUGAAAUGUAGUAUUGGCAGGCUUGUAUCAUUGAAAUAUCAAUACGGGUACCGAUACCUCUACAGUCGCCCGCGCUAGCGCACAGUAUAAUUUUGUGGUUCAUGAGACGGAAGCCGGAGGUCUCAGGCGGCUUGCCACGAUGACGGGUUUGUGUCACGGUGUUGCGGUGGAGAUGAGCCGUCGGCGGCGGUGGUGGCAAUUCUCUUGAGGAUGGGGGGGUGGGGGGAAGAGGGCCCGGACGAGGGACGAGGGAUUUCUCCUGCUAACUAGCGGAUGAGAUGGGCGCUGGGAGAUGACUUGGCGCUUCCCGAUCAAACAGUCGUUUUGUAAGGAGGGCAGCAUACGAGUACGGUGCCGGUCUUGCGGUAGUGCAGGAGGGACAUUGUCCAGUAUGAUACGAGUUCUCGAGUAUCCUGUCGUCCUUUUUUUCUUUUCUUUUCUCUCCCCCCUCGCUACACCAUUUUUUCUCACUCAGCACUGCCUUCUCCGAGGUAGGCACAGCAGGUUUGGUCAGUUUAUCCAUAAUGCAUGAGAGGAUCACCACAACGUUAUCACAAAGCAUAUGAUUGGCGGUAGGGUUCAGUUUGUUUGGUUUGGUUUUGGUUGGUUUUCUUAGUUGCCUGGCCCUUUUGGUGGUUGGCAUGAAGGCGUAGGGUAGGGGCACUGUAGGGUACAGUACAGUAAGUUACGGUUGUUCAACGUAGGAGUUACAUCCACCCUCCCUAGGGGGAAGAGAGCCCAGCCCGGUCCAGCCUUGCCCCGUUGCCAUCUGACUGUUUUUGGCCCGCCUUUCGCUGUAACAACCCAGCUGCGCCUAUUUAAGUUCCGCCCCUCCGCCCUCCGACCUUAACCCCUUCUCUCUUCCCAUCAAGAACGAACACUGCUCCAUCCACCUUCUCUCUUCUCUCGCUCUCCCUGCCAACACACAAGCUCCCUCCACCAACACCAACACUCUAGCUCAACUCCCAAACCACCACCGCUCCGAAGCACCCAAAUACAGCUUUCCCCCGUACCCAACCCCCCUCGAAGUCUGUUUAUGUCCAUCGAAAAUCUCAAGGUUAAUGGUGAGCCUUUUUUUUUCUCUUCCCUUCCCGAGUUGUCGCCACAUGAGCGCCUUCUUGGAGAGUUUGUCCUGGAGGCACAACACCAGUCACCUUCCAGAUUGAUCGAUACCAUUAGCCGAUCCGGUACAUGGGCUUUCUGCAGGAUGCCUCUUGCUCGUCUAGGUUGUCUUUGAGAGCUAACAAGUUUUUUUUUCGCUUUCUUCCUCUUAGAUCCUUUCGCCGACGACGUUGGUGAUACUCAGCCCAAGAAUUACGUCCAUAUUCGCAUCCAACGUGAGUACCCUUCUUUUUCCUUUUUUUUUUUUUCUUCCCCCUUUUUGCGGGAAAAAAUGCACUCGGUUCUGCACGUUUUGCUGACUCAUUUCUCGCAGAGCGCAACGGUCGCAAGACGUUGACGACUGUCCAGGGGUUGCCCAAAGAGUACAAUCCUAAAGCUCUCUUGAAAGCUUUCAAGAAGGAAUAUGGUGAUUAUUUCUCCUUCCCCACCCUUUUGUUCGACUCGGCACUCUGCCCGUCCGUCUUGCAUGUCGUUUAGGCAGGGCAUGGGUGUUGUUACCCCUUAGCUGUUUUGAGAUUACGGAAGCGCUGACCUUGUGUCACCCUUUACCCUUGCAGCUUGCAAUGGCACCAUCAUUCAGGAUAAGGACAUGGGGGAGGUGAUCCAGCUUCAGGGCGAUCAUCGCACAAAGGUUAUGGACUUCCUUACCGAUAAAGGAAGCGACAAGAUGGGCAAGUACGCGCUUGCCAAAGAGAAUAUCAAGGUGAGUCAUUUUUUGCCGGAACCAUUUCCGUCAGUCUUGCUGGAGGCUCUGCUCACGCUAUGUUUAGAUCCACGGAUUUUGAGCCCCGCGUCUCCAGCUCCUCCUCAGGACCCUUUGCUUUGGUUUUUUUUUGAGGAGUACUUUAGCGCUGGAAGACAUGUUGCGGGGUUGAUUACGGGUGUGGGUGCUUGA